CGAGCCAAACCCUCUCGCGGGAAUCGUCCGCGAGAGCCUGCGCGAUGGAGAAGCGGGGCCGGGGAGGGACUCCGCCUUCGACCGCGGCGCCCGAGCAACCGCCGAUGAUGCCUCAGAAAGAGAGGAGGCCUAGCAUGUUCGAGAAGGAGGCAUAUGCACAGAUUUUAAGAGAAAGACUGAGAGAAUCAAUUCAUGAUGUUCAGUACGUAGAGCCACCAUUUGAUGACUCAAUUGCUGAUAUAGGUAAAGAAUGGAAGAGUGCCCUGGCAAAACUAAAGUUUGCUAAUUCAUAUAGAAUGGAGCCAUUGAAAAAAUUCCAGGCUCAUUCAGUAGAAACGAAAGUCCAGCAGAUAUUAAAGAUUGCCAGCAGUUGGAUCUGGGAUGUUGCGUGGGACAGCUGGGUUGCUGCGAGACAUGAAACUGAGACUUACGUGGCAUUGGCCUUAGUAUUUGCUCUUUACCAUGAAUAGCUUGUUACAUGUACUAAAGAGUGUUUACUUCUCAACUUUUCAAAAAUACAUGAAAUUUAUAGAUUUGUGAACCUCAUAGUAGUUUUGAUUAGCUAUUUUUUUAUAUCUCCAAUUGAAGCUUCUUAAUUGUAUUCUUUUAACAACAAAGUUAAAGCUGGAUUUUUACCUUUAUACUUACUAGUUAUCAUAUUUAUUAACAUUGUAUUACCCCAAAGUAUA